AUGGCACCAUACGAAGCUCUUUAUGGACGGAAAUGUCAGACACCACUUUGUUGGUAUCAUGAUGGUGAGAAUACUAUAGUGGGGCCUGAAAUGGUGCAUCAGACCACAGAAAAGAUCAGGAAAAUUAGAGAAAGAAUGAGGACUUCCCAAAGUCGCCAAAAAAGUUAUGCUGACACACGUCGUAGGCCCUUAGAAUUUGAAGAAGGCGAACAUGUGUUCCUUCGUGUGACACCUACUACAGGAGUUGGUAGGGCUAUCAAGUCAAAGAAACUCAUACCAAAGUUCAUUGGACCUUACCAAAUCCUCAAAAGAAUCGGACUUGUAGCAUAUAAAGUUGCGUUACCACCUAUUCUUUCCCACAUUCAUGAUGUGUUCCAUGUUUCUCAGUUACGGAAGUAUGUCCCUAAUCCAUCACAUGUCAUUGAGUCGGAUGUAGUGCAGCUGAAGGAGGAUUUAUCUUUUGAAGUAUCUCCGGCAAUAAUUGAAGAUAGAAAAGUCAAGUUGCUUCGCAACAAAGAAAUUCCUUUGGUGAAAGUAGUUUGGAAUCAAGCCACUGGAGACACCACUUGGGAACUAGAAGACAAAAUGAAGGAGCAAUACCCAAAACUUUUCUCCGAAGCCGGUUUCGAGGACGAAACUAUUUAA